AUGGCUUCUCUGCCAGCCACCGGCGGUGCUGCAGGUGGCGAUUCAGACCAGGUUUUGGUAGAAGCACAUGGCUCAACACGCACACUUAUUUUGAAUAGGCCAAAUCAGCUUAAUGUACUCUCCUCCGCAAUGAUUAAGGGACUCCUGAGGUGUUUCAUUGUUUUUGAGAAAGAUGACAGAGUUAAAUUGUUGAUUAUGAAGGGGAAAGGAAGAGCAUUUUGUGCUGGAGGUGAUGUUACUGAAUGUGUCCGGUCUAUACAUAACGAAAGCUGGAAAUGGGGUGCUGAUUUCUUCAGAGAUCUAUAUUUGUUAAACUACAUGAGUGCAACAUAUAUCAAACCUCAGGUUUCUCUUCUUACUGGAAUUGUCAUGGGUGGAGGUGCUGGUGUUUCUUUACAUGGAAGAUUUCGAGUUGCCACUGAUAACACGGUUUUUGCAAUGCCAGAAACAGCUCUUGGUUCCCUUCCAGGUGUAGGGGCCACAUAUUUUCUGUCUCGGCUUCCUGGCUUCUAUGGCGAGUAUGUUGCUCUUGCUGGUGCCAGAUUGGAUGGUGCUGAAAUGCUGGCAUGUGGUCUGGCUACUCAUUUUGUCCAGUCAAAUAGGCUGCUAUUGCUGGAAGAAUCCCUUAAAAAGGUGGACACCUCCAAUACUUUUGCUGUGUGUAGUACUAUCGAUCAGUUUGCUCAACAGCCAUCACUGAAAGAGAACAGUUCCUUGAAUAGGUUGGAAAUAAUCAAUAAAUGCUUUUCUAAAAGCACAGUUGAAGAAAUUAUAUCCACUCUAGAGCAAGUGGCCUCAAAUUUGGCUGAUGAAUGGGUUGCUAGGACAAUCCAGUAUUUAAAGAAGGCUUCUCCUACUAGUCUGAAAAUCACUCUGAGAUCGAUAAGAGAAGGGAGAACACAAACUGUUGGGGAGUGCUUGCAUCGGGAAUAUAGGGUGAUUUGCCAUCUCAUACGUGGUGACUUCAGCCGAGACUUCUAUGAGGGAUGCAGGGCUAUACUAUUAGAUAAAGAUCGAAGACCAAAGUGGAUGCCUCCAAAUUUGGAACAAGUACAUGAGGAGGUAGUUGAAGAAUAUUUCUCAAGAAUUGAUGAUCCACAGUGGGAAGAUUUGAACCUACCCGACAGACGUUCUCAUGGAAGAAUUAUUGAGUCCAAGAUUUGA